GUAGAUUAUUUAUCAAAGCAAUAGUCCGUCUUGUGGGCCCCUGUUGCGCAGUGUAAAGGUGAGUAUAAAUGACUACUUGAAGGCUCGCUCUGUUUAGCUCUUUACAAUGAUAAAAGCAUCUGUUCAUUUCCUUCUUGCUGCUUGACCAAAGCGGGUAAAUUAUUCCUCAUUGGUUUAAAUUUAGCUUCCACAUUGGCUUUACCACACUUCCAAACCAAGGCACAUUUUAACAUCACGAAUCCGUCAAAAUAACCUCAAAAAUGAAGGUCAUUGUGGUUGGAGCAGGAAUUGCUGGCCUUUCUGCUGCAAUUGGACUUAGGAGAGCUGGUCAUGAAGUUUUGGUAUGAACUACUCUACUACUACUUUGCAAGUAGAUUAUCAUUUAAGAACCGUUCACGAGCUCUUGGAUCAUUUUAUCAUCGCUAACAAAUCUCAAAGAUCCUCGAUAAAUCCUCUUUAUCUAAUGAAGUCGGCGCUGCAAUCCGUGAGCAUCUUUCAUAUCAUCAUCACAAUAGAGAGAAAUUAAUCUACUUCAGACGUCCAGCCUAAUGCAUCCCGAAUUGUGACUCAAUGGGGCUUCGAUAUCGAAAGAGCUCGUCUCGUGACCGCAAAAUCGAGCACUUUAACUUCCGGAGAUGACCUCCGUGUCCUUACUGUGAUAGAUGUUUCUAACACUGAAGAAGAAUAUGGCUCUAGGUUUUUCUAUAGUCAUAGGGUUGAUUUACAUACAGAGUUAAAGUUGCUUGCCACAGGAGAAGAAGGACAAGGAAAGCCUGCCGUGAUUCAAAAUAAGUGCGAAGUUGUCGGUUAUGUAUGAAAAUGUACACAUCUUUCGCCGAAAUUUUGCUGAGCUCUUUUAGGACACCAUCAACGGAUCAUUAACUCUGGCCGACGGAACGAGUAUGACGGCCGAUUUAGUUGUCGGUGCUGAUGGGAUCCAUUCUGCAGCUGUGAAAGAAGUCAUAGGAUAUGAAAAUCCAGCUGUUCCAACGGGAACGUCUUGUUUUCGAUGUUUAAUACCAGUCAAAGAGAUCCAAGAAGACCCUGAAUGUGCGUUUUUUAUGGAAGAAAUGGAGGGGAAGCUUCGAGUAUUUGUCUCCCCGAAUAAUAGCAAGAAGAGAAUUGUUUGGUAUCCCUGCAGGGAGUAUGGCAUAUCCCUCCUUUUGCAGAGUGCAUGAUGUCAAAUACUUACAAUCUUUCAGGAAUCAAAUACUUAAUGUUGGAUUCAUGUGUCCGGAUAGAGAGGGUCUAGAAUCCACGGAAGGUAAGCCUCAUUUGUUUCAUGCAUUUCUAUUGUGUUCUUAAAUCGAUCUAACUUAAACAUACUCCAGACUGGACCAUCCGUAUUCCCAGCGAGAUCUUCCACAAUGAGCUUAUCGGAUAUCAUCCUGCGCUGCGCCAUUUGUUAGCUAAGGGGAAAGAUGUCAGACUCUGGAAACUUCUAUUCAGAGCCCCUAUUCCUACUUGGCAUCGGGGUAAACUCGUUCUUAUUGGUGAUGCUGCACAUCCUAUGUUACCCUGUAACUUCUCCCUCUCUUUUUUUCUCUUAGCCUACCUUUGCACCUGCCUACUCCUAAACCUCUCUCUCUUCACUUCCCUCACGUUCCUUCCAUUCCCAAUUGCCAUCUCCUAAAUACACACCCACACUAACAACCCCUCAAGACCAAGGACAAGCAGGCGCCCAAGCAAUAGAAGAUGGUUGCGCUCUCGGCAUCCUCUUCUCCAACCUCCCACCCGGCAAUCCUACAGCAGAAACGAUAUCAACAAGACUCAACAGUUUCGAAAAAAUAAGAAGAAAUCGAGCAAGUGCCAUGCAAAUGCUUUCAAAUGAAGGCGUAGAUCAAGCGGAAGAGGUAACGGAAAGUGCUAGGUGUUUUAUGGAAGAGGGGCAGAGUGUACCUUGUGAGUUUUAGCUUUCUUUUGUAGAUUUUGUACUGGUGGGGGAAUGGUGAGAGGAGGAAGAUAUGGAUGACGAGAAGGGGAAUGGGAGAGGAUUUUUCAUGGAGAGAUCCGUGAUAAAAAGCUAACACAAAGCCUCUAUCUAGUAACCCCUAAAGAGUAUCAGAAAUACAUCUACGGGCACGAUGUAGCGAAAGCAUGCGAGGAGGAAUUGGAGAGAAUCAAUAGGAUUGAGGGGGUAGAGUAGAUGGAAGGUUACACUUUCUAGAAAUAGAUCUUACAUUCUUUAAAUUCAUCAUAACAUGGUUAUCAUACAAUUAUCCUACCGUUCAUACAACCAAAAUAGAAUACAUAAAACCUUAAACCUCGAUUUGUGA